AAGAGCAGCAUCAGCUUUGAAAACUGCUUCUCGUCUUCCUUCACCAAACAACCUCUCACGAUCGCUCUCUUCUUCAUCUUGAAGCCUAAGCCAAAUAUAUCUCAAUAUGUCUCAUUCUUCUUCUCUUAACCUCCUUCAUUACCAUUACCUUCCUCCUGAUUUCAACCACUCCUCCCGGUUCUGUCUCACUGCUCCAUCUUCGUCUCGCUGGUCCAGUCCCGACGAUUACUGCUCCAUCUUAGCCAUGCCCACCACAACUCUCCCUGGCUCUAUCUCUCCCUUCAAUGUCCCUCAUAGUGUUAGGACGAAAAAGCUAAAUGGGCAGCAGAAAAAGGAAGAAAUAGAGAAAGAGGUAUGGAUGUUACGAGAGAUGCUGGAUCAAGAAGAAAAGACACGUGAAAUAUUGGAACAAGUCCAAAAACAUCAACUUCCUUCUUCUUCCUCUUCCAUUACUCUUCCUGCUUCUCUCCCUCCCAAGAUGAAGGAACUAAUAACGGAACUUUCGAUAGUAGAAGGAGAAAUCUCAAGACUAGAAAUUCAAAUAAGCCAUCUUCAGAUAAAUCUCAAGCAAGAACAAGACGAAACUUUGAAACAAGCAACAACAAGUUCAUCAAGACGAGCAUGGCAAACUAGUGAGAGCUACAAUGAUGACAACAUAACCUCUUAUCAAGCUCCAACAUUACCAAAAUACCCUAAGCUACCACCACCAAGCCCUAUGGUGAACAAAGCCAUGAUGAAGAGUGAAAACAACAACACCAAAUCUACUACUAGUCAUCAUCAAGAGAAUGCAACAUUUGGUACAAAGACAUUGCAUUUCAUCAACAAAGCUAUAAAAGGUGAUUACGCGGUCGAAAGCUUCCGCAAGUCUAACGAGAAAGUUGGGACCAUCGAGAAGGAAAACCAUCGGUCGGUCCAACAUGAAAGUAAGUUGCAAGAGAAUACGAAAAUGAAAAAGAUUAGGACGAUGAAAUCGCCAUCGCCUCUACGUGAACCUAGAUAUUCCUCUCCUAAUAAGCCUAAUAAGGAUCGUGUAGCACUUGAUGCAUCACUGGACAUUCCACCAAAAUCUCUAUCAAGCACAAUCUUGAUGGAAGAUGGCCAAAACAUACAGAAGUGGCAUCCAAACAAGCUCGCCGAGAACAUCAUGAAGUGUCUCAAUUUCAUCUACGUUCGUCUUCUUAGAACCACAAGAGUCAUGGAGCUAGAGAAAACAGGACCCAUCUCGAGAUCCACUAAUUUCUCUUUGAGCUCAAGAAGCUUUAGGGUCGACAAUGCAACCUCAAGCUUGUCUAAAUCCAUGAAUCUUAUGUCUUCUAAGGAAUCAAGACAACAAGAUCCUUAUGGAAUAUUUGAUGUAGAAGCAUCUUUGGCUAGAGAUAUUGGUCCUUACAAGAAUCUUGUUAUCUUCACUUCGAGUUCUAUGGAUUCCAAGUGUAUUUCAAGCUCCAGCUCCGUUUCUUUAAUCCAGAAACUCAGGGUAUUGAUGAACAAUCUUGAGACCGUGGAUCUAAAAGUGUUGAGCCAUCAACAAAAGCUAGCGUUUUGGAUCAACAUGUUCAAUGCUUGUGUUAUGCAUGGAUAUCUACAACAUGGAGUUCCAAAAUCUGCUGAGAAAUUGCAAUCUCUUGUUUACAAUAAGGCUACAAUGAAUGUUGGCGGCAAAAACAUAAGCGCUCAUACCAUAGAGCAUUGUAUCCUAAGGAAGUCUGCAACUUCUACCAUGACUCAGGAUCGACACGAAGAAAUGACUAUUCGUAAACUAUAUGGCGUAGAAACAACGGAUCCUAACAUCACAUUUGCUCUCUCUUGCGGAACUCGAUCUUCUCCUGCGGUAAGGAUAUACACUGGAGAAGGAGUGACAACGGAGCUAGAGAAAUCGAAGCUAGAGUAUCUGCAAGCCUCGGUGGUGGUUACGGCCGCUAAACGGAUAGGCUUGCCAGAACUUCUCCUGAAACACGCCGCCGAUUUCGUGGUGCCGAGGGUGGAUGGUGGUGGAAGUAUUGGAGAGAUGGAGCAGUUAGGAUCUCUAGUGAAAUGGGUUUGCAACCAAUUACCAACCUCUGGAUCAUUGAGAAAAUCAAUGGUGGAUUGUUUUAAGAAUCCAAAUUCCAAAGCUUCUUCUUCCUCCUCCGUCGUUGAGAAGAUACCUUAUGACUUCGAGUUUCAGUAUCUUUUAGCCAUUUAGGGUACUACUACUGAUUUUUUAUUCGUUUAUUUGUGAAAAUGUUGUGUUUUCAAAUAAAAAUAUCAAAGUUUG